AUGCCGUCGGAGGACGCCGCCCUCCGCGCCGCGUUCCCGCGGCUGCAAGUCGAGCAGGCGUCCGGCGAGAAGCGCACUCCGCUAUCGACUCUCAUCCGCCGAUGCAUCGCGAAGUUCUCGAACGGCUUGGACGAUGUCAAGCCUCACUACCGUGGGCAGCGGCGGCGAACGGAUUCGAAGUCACUGGACGAUGCGAUGUCCUCGCUGUCGGAUGCUUCUGUGGCGAGAGCCACGUCGGCGAUCGAGGCCGCAGGCUACCCCGAGCGACCGCACCGCAACGCCGUCUCCUUCGUCAAGGACAUCGCCGCCCUGCGCAACAUGCCCCCGCGGGGGAUGGGCAAGACGACCGGCAAGAAGAACAUUGUCUGGGGAAGCUUGCGAUAUGCAACGUCGCCCGCGCAGCUCGAGCACCUCCUGAACCCGGGUAGAUAUCACUGCGCGGAAUCGCGGCAUUCAGGUUGGGCCCGGAAGAGUUUGCCUCUGACCGAGCGCCACCAGGAGCGCGAGCUGCUUCAGGACGCAUUCUUGUCGUACGUCAUGACCAACCCCUGGACGGAGGACCCAUUCGCGCUCCGAUCGACGGACUUGUUGUUCGUGGUCGGCGUGGUGCUCGUGGAGGACGGCUCCGAGGUGGCCAAGGGCGGGACCCACAGCACGUGGGAGACCCUCACCAAGACGCCCCGUGUGGCGCUCGCGGAGGAGGUGCAGCUGCACCUGGCCCACAGCGAGAGGGGGUGCUCGCCCUCGAAGAUGGUCGCGACCACCUCGAUGCCGGCCGCCUACCUGCAGGCGCGAUCGAAGACCUUAUCGCGCGCUCCAUGAAGGUCGAGCGGCCGCCCCGUGCCGCCGCGGCGCCCAGGCCGAGAGACCCCGGGCGCGAGGGCGGGCGCGAUCCGCGCCGUUCUCCAGCGAAGCCUGGUCCUCGGGAGGGCUUCGGUCGUUCUUUAAGGCGAAGCGGUCCCCAGCGAAGCCUGGUCUUCUAUAGGUCGCCCGCGGGGGCACGAAGAGGUCGCGCGCCCUGCGGGGCCCGCUCGCAGAGGCCGCCGCCCUCGCACGGCAUCCCGCCCGCGCGUCUCCAGCGCGGGGGGCUCCGCCGUCUCGUUUUCACCCGCGGCGGCCGCCGCCUUCUGGCCUCUACCUGUAGAGCGCAGCGUGCCCAGAACCCGGAGACCUCCUGGGGCUUCACUCUGCGGAAAAAUCAUGACGUCGGGGGCUUGGGUGGCCGUGUUUCCUGAGCUGUCGGGCACUUGCGUGCUGUCGAUUGGCGUCUGGUGAGCAUGCGCGCAGUGUCUCCAUCGGCAUGCAGGCAUUGCAUCGCAGGUUCCUCAGCUGACCGGACGCAUGGAGAUGGGAAAUUGCCCAUACCCCAUGCUUGCGUGUAGCAGAUGUUGACGCGGUGUGUGAAACCGCGGUC